CUCAGGUGAGGGCGGGAGAAAGGGCGGAAGGCCAGAGUAUUGCGUUAGGUGUGCGUACGGCUGUGCGCGGGUCGGGAGGAGUUGCUUUGUCGGCGUGUAGAUCUCCUCUUCUCGCGCGGAGGAGUCUGUGGUUUCGUCUCAUCUCCCAGGCCCUAUACGUUGUUGAUUGGGAGCGUCAGCUUUGAGCAAGUGCGCCCGCACAUUUCAGCGGAAAAGACUAAAGAUUAGAUUGGAAGAAGAGAGAGUAGAAGCCAUGUUUCGAAGACCUGUAGUACAGGUACUUCGUCAGUUUGUAAGACAUGAGUCUGAAGUAGCUAGCAGUUUGGUUCUCGAAAGAUCUCUGAAUCGCGUGCAGUUGCUUGGUCGAGUAGGUCAGGACCCUGUCAUGAGACAGGUAGAAGGAAAAAACCCAGUCACAAUAUUUUCCCUAGCAACAAACGAGAUGUGGCGAUCAGGGGAAAACGAAACCUACCAAAUGGGUGAUGUCAGUCAGAAGACAACAUGGCACAGAAUCUCAGUGUUCCGACCGGGCCUCAGAGAUGUGGCGUAUCAGUACGUGAAGAAGGGGUCUCGAAUUUAUGUGGAAGGGAAAGUAGACUACGGUGAAUAUACGGAUAAAAACAAUGUGAGACGACAAGCAACAACAAUUAUAGCUGAUAAUAUUAUAUUUCUGAGUGACCAGAUGAAAGAGAAGCCGUAGACUGGACGAUCCUUCUCUGGCCGGUGUUUGGUACAGUCUCAUUUCCAAAUCAUGCUAGUGUUUAUAGUUUCUAAGGACAAGAAUUAAAAUCCUCUUCAUUAUAAAAUGAGUGAUAACAUUUUCGUGACUAUCACUCCCCUUCCUUUUUUUGUGUCAUGAACUCUGGUAGCUCCUGCCUGUUAAUGGUAUUCACUGAUUGUUUAUUCUUUAAGAGAUGGUUUUUGUGUACAAACUUGUGAACUUUUAGGUUCAUCCAUGUUAUGACAACGGGAUGAAUGUCCUUUGGGAAGGCCCCCCCCCCCCUUUUUUUGUGCAUACUUCUAUUAUAGCAUUGAGUCAAGCACCACAGUGUUUUUGAGUAUUGCUGUAUGUCAGACAUUUAUCCCAUGGUUGUAGAUACUGAUUUCCUUAUCUGGUUUAUAGACCAGAAGGCAGGGGCUGUAUCUUUGUGUACUUGCAUGUUUAACCAGUGCUUUUCACAGAGUAGGCAAUAAAUGUUGACACGUGAAUGAUCCCAAUAGGAUAAUGAGCUUUAGCCCAAAGUGAAGGGGUUUGCUGAGCAGCGUUUAGUAUCUAACCUAAAUAGCUUCAAGACUAAGCUACCUCAGUCCCGUCUUUUGUUUUUGGACAGUUUUACUAGUAGCAUUUAUGAAACAGUUUACCAGUGGUGAACACCUAAAGUGCAACUGGGGAUGAAGUUGUUUGUCUCCAGGAGGUGAUCCAGGGGCUCUGGUUUCACUAUUUUCUAUCUUUCUAAGCGCCUCUUCUCUGUCCUUUUAGUCUCGUGCGGAGCUCUCUCUGUUUAGGGAGCCCCUAAGCCACCUCUGGCACUGCGUCCAUAGGUUAGCGCCCCAGGUAUGUGUCCCUUUAAUUUUCCUACGUGGCCUUCUGCUGAACAUACUGUGUACACUUGGGUACACACAGUCACUUUCAUUAUAAGACUGUGAAAAUCACAGAGCACUAAUAAUUUACUAGUAACGAUUAUAUGAAAUAAACUCAGUGAUUUAAAUGUGUCUUGCACUUUUUGAGGUUUGCCUCAGCCCCUGCCGGGUGUGCGUGCUCAUUUGCUGCUAUGUUACAGAGGCUGGCUGCUGCUGGGCAGGUUGUCGGCAUCCCUGUUCUCAGGCUCCAGCUCCGCCUCUAGCCCAGCCUGGUUAUUUGUGUCCCAGCCUGUGUGUCCUCUCCCCCUGCCUCUGACUGUGAUGCUCACUGUAGCUUACAUCCUGCUGGACUGAAACAAGAACCACAUUCACACGUUAUUUUAUGGGCCCUUGGCUGUUUUAAGGUAUUUUCUGCACACUUCAGCAGCUUUUUGUACUCAUACUACAGUUUGGCUAAGGAAAAUUAGAGUUCCUUAGUUUAUCCUUUUCAUGCCAAGAUAGGGGAGAAAAUUACUGUUUCCUCAUAUCAACCAUCUUUAAAUUAAAAUUUUUUUUUUCAGCCACCUUUUUCUUUUCUUUUUUCCUGUACUGGGACUAUUAAUCAACAUGUUACAUCUGCCCUCUUGAUUCCCACAUUAAAACUAUCUAGUGUUGUAGUACUCCUUGACCCCACAUUCCUUAAAGCAAAAUUGUAAAGUAGAUAAAAUUUGUCUUUCGGGCAACUUUUUAUUCUUGUCCUCAGCAAAGCUACUUUUAUGCCCCUUCAAAGUUGUAAGAGGUCAUGCAUAUAAGUAUUCCUGUUUAAACUGGGUGAUGAAUCUGUGCUUUGGGAAAGGGACAUGCUGAACAAAACAGGUUAAUGGCCAAAUGACUCUGAGUCUGGGUGCAGGGGCCAGAGAGUAUGUCCUCCAGAUUCUGUGAGCUGAGGGGCUCUUCUGCAGACUCCCACUGACAUUCACUUGAGAGGCUCUGAGGUGGGCAGUGGGGCUUUCAGAAUUAGGUGUUCAGGGUGGAGGCCUCAGCGUGCAUGUGAUGCUACAGAUCUGGGGGUCCACAACCUGGGGGCCUGUGGGAGCAUCAAUUUUGCUCUCCCCUGCAGGCAGCCCCAGCUGCUGAGAAACCUCCUGAGGUUCCCAGGCUGGUCUCAGAGGAGACAGAGAAUCCAGUAGCAGUCACAGGCCGUAGGGGUCUUCUAGUUUUGUGUCCUGCCUCUCCUUAAUUUCAUGGUCUUACAAUAUCAGGGACUGUACCUGUAGAAGACUGCUCUGUGACUUUGAUUUUGGGAUUGCAUGUUAGUUUAAUGAUGAGUAUGAUAUUUAUCAUUAAGUGUGGGAGAACAGCAUGUGUGGUUUGAAAAUAUAUCCUGUAUUUGGAAAAGAAGUAAUUGAUAAUAGAUGUAUACCUCAAGUCUAGAAGGAGAAAAAACAAAAGGUUCUGAUGAUCUCUGAAUGGGAAGAUUGUGUAUGAUUUGCUUUACACUUUUGUAUAUUCUUUUUUUUUUUUUUUUAAAGCAUUGAGUAUGUAUUACUUUUAU